AUGGUGGCUACUUGUGUUACUACUGCUUUGCCAUUGGAGAAUAGUGGACCCUCAUCUAAUGCAGAAAAUCCCUUACUUGCUACAAAUGAAAUGCCAUUAGAGGACAUGAAUCUUCUACUGCUAACAAUUCAUCAUGAGACACUGGAGAAGGUAGUGGAGUCAAAGAAAAAGGAGUACAGCCAAAACAAACCGAUUGAGAUUAUUUACAAGUAUUUCUUAGAAGCAGUUGAAAGGAAUCAAUAUGGAUGGUUUUGGUCUCAAAUAAAGGCUUUAUUGGCAGAAGAGUCAGAGAAGAUGCCUAUUGAAGAGGCUUAUGGCAAUUAUGAAAGAGAAGAACUAGAUGCUGCUAAAGAGAUAGAAGAGAAUAAAGAUGGCCAAGAAGAUCCAACCAUGCAGGUGGAGGUGGCGAGGAAGACAUUCCUGAUGAUGAUGAUGAUGGAUGACGAUGACAAUGACGACGAUGACGACGACGACGAUGAUGAUGAUGAUGAUGAUGAACUGGACAUUGAUGAGUUAAAUGAGCUGGAAACAAGCCUUUCUAAAACAUCUAUUCAAAUCCGCGAGCCUUGA